AUGUCAUUGGAUUCUAGAGGUGAAAAAAGAAAAGUACAAUAUUUAUUAUCUCAUACUGAACUUAUUGAAGAAGUUUUAGCAAAUGAAGAAAAAAGACAAAAAUUAGAAAUAAAAAAUAUCUUUAAAAAUGGAGGUAGUUCCAACGCAUCCAUAAAUCACAAAAUAAAUAAGGAGAUUAUGGAAUCCAAUGGGAAGGAUGAUACUGAUGAUGAUUUUAUUGAUGAUACUUCUUUAAAUGAUUUAUUAGUUACUGAUGAUGAUGAUGAUAAUGAAAAAAAAAAUUAUAAUUUGAUAGGAUUAACAAAAAAAUUUAUCCAGUAUUUACAAAAUAGCAAAAGUAAUGUAAUAGAUAUUAACGUUGCAUUAGAACAAUUACAAGUUAAAGGAAAAAAAAAAAUUUAUGAUAUUAUAAAUAUAUUAGAAAAUAUUGGAUUAAUUGAAAGGAAGACAUCAAAUCUUAUACAAUGGAAAGGUGGUACUUGGCCUCCAAAAAAUGGACAAAAAAUAGAUUUAAAAACAUCAGAUAGGAAUGAAAUGAUUAAAUUACAAAAUGAAAUAUCAAAAUUAGAUAAAAAGGAAAAAGAACUUGAUGAAUAUUUAAAAUAUAUGAAGAUGAGUCUUAAAAAUGUAUGUGAAGAAGCUGCUAAAAAAGAUUUAUUUUAUAUGCAUGCCGGUGAUAUUAUGGAUACUUUUGAAGAUAAAGCUGUUAUUGUUAUUCAAGCACCUAAAGGUACACUUUUUUCAAGUGAUGAAGGAAAAAUAUGUAUUGAUAAUAAAACAGGAAUGAAUUAUCCAUUAAUGAUAAAAUCAUUUAUUAAACCAAUAACAGCAACUUAUAUAGAACAAUCUUCUAUACCUAUAAAUUAUGAUUAUUAUGAUGAAGAAAGUUCUGAUUAUAUAAAUAAUGAGUAUGAUUCUGCAGGCCAGACAUACAAUGUCACAAAUAUUGAAGAACAAGAAUAUCUUUAUCACAUAGAAGAAAACACCUAUGAACAUUCAACGGGUUAUUCUAAUGGUAAUUUAAGGUACCCUUCACAUGGAGUUCAAUAUGUUGAAAAAACAUAUAUUGUACCUUUGGUUCCACAAGCUAAAGACGGUGAUUAUAAAUUCAAUUUUACUAGUGAUAUUGCUUUAAUUUCAUCAUUCUCUGAAGAUUUUUAA